UCAGUUGGCGUACGAUAACAAUAAACAACCCUGAAACAAGAGACAGACACCGACACAACCCGCGGCUCCACUUCGACACAAAACUGAAGUAAAUAUGAGCUGAGACGGACACAACCGGAGGAGAAACGUCUCGUCAAUAACAGCAGUGUUGUCGGUGCUGACAAAGGACUUUAUAUUUUUCUGUGUGCAGACUCGAGCCGUCCUCUCCUUCCUUAGCCCUGUAGCUAGCUGUGGCUCAUUCCUGCUUGUUUCUGCACACUGUGUGUUAGUCUGUUAUGCAGUUAUCAGCGGACUGUCGUCGCACUCGCUCUCCUCCGCCGACACUUCGCCCCCUCUCCCCGCUCACUCUGGCCCCAUGUCUCGCUGGCUCUUCCCCUGGCCAGGCUCAAUCAAGAAGCGGGCCUGUCGGUACCUCCUGCAGCACUACCUCGGCCACUUUCUGCAGGAGAGACUGAGCCUGGACCAGCUGGGCUUGGACCUGUACAACGGCAGCGGUGUCAUCAAGGAGAUCAACCUCGAUGUGUGGGCGGUGAAUGAGCUCCUGGAGACUCUUGGGGCUCCUCUGGAGAUAGCGGAUGGCUUUGUGAGCAGCAUAGCAGUGACCAUCCCCUGGCAAGCUCUCCUGACGGACCACUGCACCUUAGAAGUUUCUGGUCUUCAGAUAACAUGUCGACCCAAGUACCGAACCAGUGGGGGUUGGGACUCCCAAGGCUGGUCGUCAAGCAUGACCUCCAGCAUGCAGCUGGCUCAGGAGUGCCUGAAGGACCCCCCUGAGGCGUCCGAGGAGCCGCCUGCCCAGCUGGAGGGGCUUGAGAUGUUUGCACAAACCAUUGAGACAGUCCUUCGUCGUAUCAAAGUCACCUUCAUAGACACUAUCGUUCGCAUCGAGCACCAGCCCCUGGACCUGGAAACAGGCGUUGCCUUAGAGGUGCACAUCAAACGGCUGGAGUACUUUGACGAGGCAGUGCGAGAUCCAGCCAGCCAGACUGCCGUGCCUGUUGACAUCCACCAGCCGCCCGCCUUCCUUCACAAGAUCCUCCAGCUGAGCGCCGUUAAGCUGUUCUACGACAGCACCGGCACAGCGCAGGGUCCUCACAAGGAGGAACAUCCUGCAUCAGCCAUGGCAAGUGAAGAAGAAGAAGAAGAUGAAGAGGAGGAGGAUGAGGAAGAGGAGGAGGAUGAAGAGGAGGAGGAGGAAAAGGAACAACAAGAAGAUGCUGAGGAGGAAGAGGAUGAAGAGUCGAAGCCCUUGACAUCCCCUCCCUGUCCUCCAUCUCAGCCACUGCUCAUAGGAAGCUGCUCCGGUUUCAUUGAGACCACCGUCAAGAUCAAACAGAACGACAUGCUUCCUGGACCAAAGUUGGAGUUGGAUGGGAAGGUGGGCUGUGUCCACAUGCUGCUGUCUCCAGAUCAAAUAACCCAUCUGACAGACCUGCUGGCGGCUCUCUGCAUAGACACUGACACAGAGACUAAGUGUGGCGGAGCACUCAGUCGUCCGUUGGACUCAGACGACCUGCGUUUGAUAGAGGACGACCUCAGUAAGCAGCUGGGCUCCAGUCCCAGAGAGAUGGAAUGGGAAACUGAGCACGACCUGGAGCCCUUCAUCACCGGCCUCGAGAACGGAGAUAUGUUUUUCUCAAUGGGUCCUGUUGGAAUGACCAGUAGCGGGAUGUCUAUGCGCUCCGGCAGCGAGUUGUCGGACAGUGAUAUGGAGUCCUCCACACACAGUCUGGCCAGCUUCACACAGCCUGCAGCUUUGUCAGCACAGGGCAUGGUGAACUGUCCCAGGAGGCAUCCUGUAGCCGGCAGUCUGUCGAGUCUACCCCAGUCAAGCGGCCGGACCAGAGGACGUUCACACAGCGGCCAGGCAGAGCAGCUGAAGCCUGAUGCUUUGUUGCGUCUGACUCUUGGCGGGCUCACUCUAACCCUCCUGCAGGAGGACCCGCCCUCUAAGCCUGACGGAGCCUCCUCAUUGGCUCAGGUGUCUCAGGUGUUCUUCCGGGAGCUGGCCUUCUUCAAGGACAGCAUGUUUAGUGAGCGAGACUUUCACCAUCUGAGAGACGGUUUUGCCAAGGCCUGUCCACACUCCCACCUCAGAGUGACUGGAGCAGCGGUGCAGGUUGCUGUUGAGAUGCGGAGUGGAAGACACCAUAGUCGGGCCGUGACCUCUGACCUUUCCUUCAGCAGACUGGAACUGUUGGAGUGCCUCUGGGAGGACGGAAAGGCUCAGAACAGUGAGUUGCUUCAGUUCCAGAAAGCUGGUCUGUUCACAAUUGGAGCUGCAGCCAGACCUUGUGCACAGCUACACUACAGCCUCACCGAAAAACACCUGCGGAAAGGUAAACAGCGGGUGGUGCGGCGGGACAGUGUGGUGCAGGUGGAGCUGGCAGAGUUGAGCGCUGAGCUUGACCUGGACAUCCUCAGUCGCCUUGGGAACUUGAGCAGAGCCUUCAGCCACUGUCCCACACAGACUGCUGGACCUGGACUCAUGCAGACCCAGAGCAGCGAGCUUUGCUCCUCCUUCACCCUCCUCUCGCCCCACGCCAUCCUCAGGCUUCGUUUCCCCAUACCUGACCUGCGGCCCCUACCUAAGCGUCGACCUCCUGGCCAGAGAGCAGUGCGGCAGGAGACCCUGGUGCUUGAGCUGAGUCAGCUGGAGCUGAAGCACCAGGAGGCCCCGGACCUCCAGAGCGAGCAAACUGCUCCGGGACAGCCGUGGGCUCCCUGUCUCACCCAGCUGCUGGAGGCCUCCUUCACCGACCUGCAUGGGUCAUACGAGGGCUGGGAGGGCGGCUCUUUCCCCUGUAUCAGAGUAAAGAAGAACCGCGACUCUCUGCCGAGGAUAUCAGUGCGUGUGCGUGGAGGUGAGACUCAGGGCCCGGCUUCAGGUAUGGAUGGGAUGAACCUCGUCAGGGACCUUGGGGCCGCCUUCUUUGAAAGUCACUGUGAAAUCAACGACAAAACCAGCUCCCCGUUCUCCUCCAACCGCACCAUGUUUGAGACAGAGGAGAUGGUGAUUCCAGCCGACCCAGAGGAGAUGCGUCAGUUUCAGGCGCAGAGUGUGGCUCAGUGUCAGUGUGCGGUGGACAUCAACCUGCCGCUGGCUUACAUCCUGCUUCCCAGCAAACAGGCCUUCCAGAGCUUCUACAACAGGAUCAAUAAUGAUCUGUUGAUGUGGGAGCCUCCUCCACCCUCAGCCCAAAACCCCGACCACAGACGCAAUCACCACGACGAAUUCCAGCUCUGCAAAUCCGCCUUUAGGCUAGACUCUGAUUCAGAAGAAGACGAGCCUCACUUCUACUUGGCCAGUGAAUCAUCUGGAAAGACACAACAGUGCUCCCGACCAAACCACAACCUCAGCCUCCUCUCCCUCACUGUGAUUAUCGGCAAAGGUCGCCUCCAAGCCAGAACAGACAAGAAGGAGGACCAGAGUCAUGGAGAAAUUGUGCUCGACCUGGAAGGGGGAAAGAUAUUCAGUGUGGCUCAGCACCAGAACGACCCCAAUCUCAACUUCCUGUGCAUAGAGAGCAGACGAGUGGAGCUCUACCAUCGAGCGGUAGUGAAAGACACCCCCAUCCCACAGCGGUUGGAGAUGCCCAACUUCACUCCCCCGAAGCACUUGGACCCUACCAUCUACCCCACAGAGAUCGGUGUGAGCAGUGUGAGCGGCAAGGAGGGCGAGCUACAGAUGUUGUCAACAGCCAUCAAAAUCACACUGGACCCACAGAGGAGCGUUAAGGAGUUCCUAGUCGCCCUUCGACUUCAAGGUGCGACCAUGCGACAUAACGUGACGCAGACUAAUCACAGCUGGCAUGAGCAGCUGGUUGACUUCCUGGAUGUGAUUGAUGAUCCCAUUCUGGGAUACACAGCACCUGCCGUCAUCACCAUCCUCCACACACACCUCGCUACCUGUGCUGUCGACUACAGACCUCUGUAUCUGCCACUGCGCGUGUUGUUCACAGCAGAGUCCUUCUCUCUGUCUAGUAAUAUCAUUGUAGACACUGCCACCUUCCACCUCAGAUUCAUCUUGGAUGACUCUGCUCUCUACCUCUCUGACAAAUGUGAGACUGACACCGUGGACUUGAGGAGAGACUAUGUGUGUGUUCUGGACAUUGACCUGCUGGAGCUCGCCAUCACCACAUGGAAAGGCAGCAACACAGGCAAGCUGUCUCAGCCUCUCUUUGAGCUCCGUUGCUCCAACAAUGUGGUUCACGUGCAUACCUGUGCAGAUUCCUGCGCUGCCCUGGUUAAUCUGCUGCAGUACCUGGUCUCCCAGGGCGACCUGCACCCCCCACCCCGACACACCUCACCCACUGAAAUCGCUGGCCAGAAAUUACCACUGUCAGAAAGUCCUGGGUCUGUGCUGCCCUGCCCUCCAGCUGAAACCGCUGAGAUCAACCAGUAUGACCUGGCUGAUGCCUUAAUUGACACAGAGAAGAGCCAGCGAGAAGAGAGUUCAAAUCCAGUGUCCAUGCCGAGAGGCUCGCCUGUCUCUGUCUAUUUGUUCCCUGGUGAAGCUUCGAAGCGCAGACCCUCCGUGCUGCAGGGUGAGGACUCUGAGCUCGACGGACUGGUUGCCACAGCAACGGAGGCACAGGCAGAUAUGAUGUCAGAUGAAGGCUCCGAGGGCUCCACCGACAACGAUGACUUUUGCAUCUUGGAGGCUCCCGGGAUGGGCAUUCCUCCCAGGGACGGGGAGCCCGUGGUGACAGUGUUGUCUCAGGACCCCAUCAGGGUGAAGGAGAGUCACUUCUCCAGGCCUCGAGGCAGCUCGGACCUCCUCAGAGCCCCCAGCCGCUUCCCAGUACCCCAGAGCAGGGUGGUGCUGCGGGAGAUCUCUGUGGUCUGGCAUAUCUACGGGGGCAAGGACUUUGGCGGCAAGCCCAUGUCCAUACACUCCCAGCAAACAAACAGAGUCCGUUCGGCCCCCGCUGGUAUUCGUGGGUCCCCGUCUCGCUCCGUCGCUCCUUCUCGUCCCCAGAACUCCUGGCGCUGGGCUGGAGGCAGCGGGCGCCAGCACACACUGCUGAUGGAGAUCCAGCUCACCAAGGUGUCCUUCCAGCACGAGUCCUAUCCAGUGGCAGUAGCGGGGCCGGAUGGGGAGGGGCCGGUGGCGGCCGGGGUCGGUCCGGGUGGCGAGCAUCCUCUCUCCAGGCAGGUGUUCAUUGUACAGGAGCUGGAGGUUCGAGACCGACUGGCCUCCUCACAAAUCAACAAAUUCCUCUACCUCUACACCAGCGAGAGCAUGCCUCGCCGAGCCCACUCCAACAUGCUAACAGUGAAGGCCCUGCAGGUGUGUCCAGAGUCUGGCCUCGGUGGACCCGAGUGCUGUCUUCGAGUCAGCCUGCUGCCUCUACGACUUAACAUCGACCAGGAUGCACUGUUUUUCCUGAAGGACUUUUUCAGCAAUCUAGCUUCCUUUGUUAACCCUUACCUGCCUGUGGACCCUGCAACUGAAGUGAGGGCAGACCCCUCCCAGAAGGCCUCCGAGGAAGCAGAGUCAGCCGCUGGUCUGGGUCCUGAUCUCACAGCUUCUGUGGAAACUACCUUCAGCGAGCAGAGCUCCUCCUCUGCCGGCUCCACCUCUUCUGCCGAUCAGCCAAUCUACUUCCGUGAGUUCCGAUUCACCUCCGAAGUGCCUAUCUGGCUGGACUAUCAAGGCAAACAUGUUGUCAUUGAACAGGGAACGUUUGCAGGAAUUCUGAUCGGUCUGGCCCAAUUAAACUGUUCUGAGUUGAAGCUGAAGAGGCUCUGCUGCAGACACGGUCUCCUCGGUGUGGACAAAGUGAUCCAGUACGCCGUCACAGAGUGGCUGACGGACAUUAGGAAGAAUCAGCUGCCAGGCAUUCUGGGAGGUGUUGGCCCCAUGCACUCAGUUGUCCAGCUGUUUCAUGGAGUGAGGGAUCUGUUCUGGUUGCCCAUAGAGCAAUAUAGGAAGGAUGGACGCAUUAUUCGAGGUCUCCAGAGGGGGGCAGCAUCAUUCGGCACAUCCACAGCUUCAGCUGCUCUGGAGCUCAGCAACAGGCUGGUGCAGGCCAUACAGGCCACAGCAGAGACGGUGUACGACAUCCUGUCUCCAACUCCACCCCUGAACCGCUUCGCCAUUACAGAGGGCCGGGCUCCCUCCAGCCGGCCUCGCAGAGCCGCUCAGCCUGCAGACCUCCGAGAAGGUGUGGCCAAGGCCUACGACACCGUCAGAGAGGGAGUGAUUGACACGGCUCAGACCUUGUGCGAUGUAGCAUCCCGUGGCCACGAACAGAAGGGCCUGCCCGGCGCUGUGGGCGGAGUCCUGCGGCAGAUCCCGCCCACCGUGGUCCGACCUUUAAUAGUGGCCUCUGAAGCCACUUCCAAUCUGCUCGGUGGCAUGCGGAACCAGAUCAAACCAGACGCCCGGAAGGAGGAUUUCCUGAAGUGGCGCACAGAGGAUGGUCAAGAAUGAUGACGACGACAUUUUAUAUUUGUCUGUGUGAUAGAGAGAGUGUGUGUGGUGUGUGUGUGUGUGUGUGUGUGUGUGUGUGUGUGUGUGUGUGUGUGUGUGUGUGUGUGUGUGUGUGUGUGUGAGAGAGUGAGAGAUUCUGAUUUGGGAAAGUCUUAGUUAUGGUAGCGAAUCCAGGGUUUGAAUGUGUAUUUGCAUGUGUGUAUGGACUAAUGAGAGUCGGUGUGCGCUCCAAUGCAAAAACAGAGCAAUGACUAACGACUACUGCAAUUACUGACACCCAGUGUUUUUAUGUGGCUCCAUCAUACAUUGACUUCACCAGAUUUAAUCUUUUCUGUUUUGCAUUCAGCAAGAGCUCUCCUCAUAUUCCUCCCCUCAGUAAUACGCCAGUCUGCAGAAUCUCCUUACUGUCUGUGCAAACAUAUCACUGUCACUCUUCAACUGGCUUCUUUUUCAAUACAACCAAGGAUUAUCACUCUCAAGGUUUUCUGUGAUCAUAAGACACAGAUUGUGGGCACUUCAUCUACUCUAAAUUUUGCUUCUUGAAACAGUUUGUAUUCUUAUUUGAAGUAGUGAUUUCACCUUCUUUCAAGGUCUGGAGAAAAAGUAGGAGCAAGAGGAGGGUGAACUUACCUUCUCUCUUGGUAUUCUAAUCCACCCAUCACUAGCUGCAAACAGGGUACAGUGUGUGAUAAACUGACACCUGAUGUGACUCUUGCUUUUGUCUAUUUGUUGUCCAGUGAAGCUCAUAUUGGAGACUCUGAGAAUAUUUAAAUGAAGUGUCCUUUGCUAACACCCUCCAGAUGGUUUUCAACACAACUUCACAACACCUUGUCAUUGGUUCAGCUUUGGUCCCACUGUGCACCUGCUACUCUCAGCGCUGUUAUUCGUGCCAUAAACCUUGCAGAGUGCCCUUUUUAACUAGUCUGUAUUGCCUUCCUCAAACCUGCACCCUUCAUGCUACUGUACAAGUAUUACACAUUCUGGCUCAUAUGGAUAAAUACCUGACUGAGAACAAGCUUCCUGACUGAAUAGAGAUACAGAUUACACAAAGCCUCUAAACUCUGUCGCGCAUUGGAUUCUUUUGAAGCUUCGCUAAGUUGGACUUCAGACGUCUGUAACUCACAAUAAACUGUCCAGAUGUCAGCCAGUGGUUUCUUCCUACUGCAUUACAGCUCAUUUGUGCUUCUGUUUCCAUGAAGAGUUAGUCUGGGAUCUGAAUUGACUUACUCUGUCUUCAGAAUCACUUUGCCCUCUUCUAUAGUUGCCUUCCUGCAUUUUUUAUGUUUCUUUAUUUGUUUUUUAUUCUGUUAAAACAUUAAGUAUUGUCAUACUCGUUUUCAAAAUUAGAUUUAAGAGGAUGUGAAUCUUGUGGCAACAGAGGAUGAAAGAUCGGGGGUUUUACAUUUUUAUCUUGUUAUCUUUUGUUAAAUAAGUGUAAGGGAUUUGUGUCCCUGUGUGUGUGUGUGUGUGUGUGUGUGUGUGUGUGUGUGUGUGCGUGAGAGAGAGAAUGAGUUUGUGUGCGCGCAUGAUGCAUGUCUGUGAGGGUGACAGGUGGGUGCUUGUUACAUCUCUUGUGUGUGAUUACUAUUUACUAUAUCAUAAACUGUAUGAAUGACCUGUAUAAUACAAAGACGAGGAGUACACAAAAUUAAUACAAAAAAUAAAAAAUUUGAUUAU